AUGCCGCAGCUGGGAGAAAUGACAGCACAUUGGCCUAACUGUGCCGGGACGGAUAGACUUUUCCUACCAGCGAUAAGUGACUGUGUUCCCCACAGCACCUACGAGGGCACGGGAUUCCCAAAGCACAGACCCGACUACCCUAGCCACUUUGUACCCUCCCUUCUUACCCUAACAUCCCACGCUCCGGGCGUGCUCAGACUGCCUCCGCGGCCGCAGCUCGCCCCUCGCGCCCCUCCCGGGCGUCGGCGUUCCGGCGUCCUGGCUGCCGGCGCCGUGGCCCGGCUGCUCCUCUGGGCGGCUGGGCUGGUCGGCGGGCUCGCCGCGGGCUCACUCGACGCCCCCUUCGGCGCUGGUAUGAGGGCCACUUGUUCUGAAAUUAUUCUGAGGCAAGAAUUUUUGAAAGAUGGUUUCCACAGAGACCUUUUAAUAAAAGUGAAAUUUGGAGAGAGCAUUGAGAACUUACAAACCUGCCGGCUCUUAAUUAAACAUUCCAUUCCAUCAGGACUCUUUGUGGAUCCAUAUGAGUUGGCUUCAUUACGAGAGAAAAACAUAACAGAGGCAGUGAUGAUAUCAGAAAGUUUUAAUAUAGAAGCCCCCAACUAUUUGUCCAAAGAAUCUGAAGUCCUCAUUUAUGCCCGGCAAGAUGCACAGUGCAUUGAUUGCUUCCAAGCCCUUUUGCCUGUGCACUAUCGCUAUCACCGGCCACACAGGAAAGAUGGAGACACGCUUAUCGUGGUCAACAACCCUGACUUACUGAUGUACUGUGACCAAGAGUUCCCGAUUUUCAGAUGCUGGGCUCAGUCAGAAGUAGCAGCUCCCUGUGCUUUGAAGAGUGAGGAGACCUGCCAAUGGAGGAACAUGCAGUAUCAACCAGUACUUAAGAAUUUGACCCUACAAGUGCCAGUGGGACUCACUAUACAUACCUCUUUAGUGUGCUCUGUGACCCUGCUCAUUACGAUCCUGUGUUCCACUUUGAUCCUUGUAGCUGUUUUCAAAUAUGGCCAUUUUUCCCUGUAAGUUUUAUGCAGUUAAAUGUUUCCUAUGAACCUAAUAAAUGAGCCCUAUUCAUUUGUGACAAGAAGUGUUCUUUUCAGACUUAA